UUGCAGACUGUUUAUGUCGCUACUAACGUUGACGAGGAGUUCAAAAAAUUAUGAACCCUAGGUACUUACGUUCGUCGUUCAACAUCAAUAUAAAUGGCGGCGCUGCAAAAGACAAGUCGCGUUAUUUCCUUUCCUUUACUCUCUCUAGAAUAAUCUCAUUCGUUCUUUCACCCUUUUUUAUACGGUGUUGCACUGGAUGCACUAGAGCCGUUCAGUUUAUUAUAGUAGCAUUCAGAUUUCGGCUGCGCAUUUACAAUGUCGCGUGUUCCAGUUUCUUGUGCUGAGCAUGACGUACCGGAAGAUAUAUCUUUUGCACCCGUUCCAGAUCCCGAACGAGCUCAGCAUAUACAGCUUGCUCUCCAGCGCUUGGAUCCUCUCCUGGAUCAUCAAGAGAGCCACAGUCAGGGCCUCAUACCCUCUUCCACCUUUUCUUCUUCCACAUCUUCAGAAAAAGUCCUUCGACAAAAGAGAAAAUAUCGGCCUCCUGCUCUGAAAUUGGAUGCACACGCGCUGCAACACCUGGAGCCAUCCCAGGAUCUCUCUGUUACAAAGCUGGGAAGCCGACACAUCAAGUCCCAACGUAGUCUGCCCACCCUACGGACUGUACCUCUUUCGGUGCGCACUCACGCAUACCACCAGUCUUCCGUCACUUUCAACUUUCCGAAUUCUUCUCCUACUUCCGCGACAGCUUCGUCUCCUGCAGCCACGCCGAUAUCCGCCACAAAAUUUUUGGCCGUACCUCCUGCACACUCACCUGUGUCACCAUCGACACCCCCGCCACCGUCUCCUUCAACAGUGAAGAAGAAGCGUUUCAUGAGGCUGUGCCGUAAGUUCGGUGAAGCCCCGCCCCCUGAGCUCGUCUUUGGCAGGCUUCCAGUACCUGUGGGUGUAGAGCCCAGGAAGGGUCGUGUGCAGAAUGCUCCCUGUUUUCCUCCUACCAUUCCUCCUAUCAUGGAGGAGGGCACCACCUUUUUCGCUCCCAUGAUGCAGGAGAGCAAAGAGUACCCAUUGUCAUGUAAUCUGGACACCUCCAGCACCAGUGAUAUGGGAACGAGUCCGAGUGGGAAUCUUCACCGACCUUCGUCUAUUCUCCUCAAAGACGCUGGGAAACUGCAACAUAUUUCAAGGCAGUAUAGUACAGCUUGUCUGUUGGAGAGGAAGGGCCAGCGGAUCACGCAACGGAAUUAUGAGGAUAUUUUGAAGCGUUUGAGGAUGCUUUGAUCGAAGCGGCUCGAGUCAUUCAUUUCAUUUCAUCUCUUUCGGCUAGCUUCACUCGUUGGUGGUCGGGGCACCUAUUGUGAUAUAUUUAUCAUAGCGGUUGAGCGCCUUUUCAUCACUUUGGUGGUGUGCAACAAUCCUUUUAAGUGCGUACACUGAUAGUAUUAAUUAUUAGAGAUACAAACACUCGUGUAAAUUGUGCAACAACAUACAAAUGUAGUCAAAUAUUUGUUCUAUUCAAGAUCUCGUUUCUAGGAGAUGGUUUAGCAAUUGUUGUUGGCUUGCGCAAGCCUCAGAUCAUGUUACAUCACGCGAAGGGUAACGUCAAUUGCCGAUUCGACCAUGAAGAGAAGAUGCUUGAUAUAUAGACAGGAAGCGACUUGCAUCAGUGCGGAACGGAUGAUCCA